GUCACUGUUUAUUCUGCAUUUAUACAUGAUUUUCUGAUUUCUUGUGCAAGGGGCUUUAAAGUGGAUGUAAUGGCGCUGCUGUAAGCGUCUCAUGAAAAUUGCGCUUCUCACUCUUCUCGGGCUUUUCUUUGGCAAGUACUGCCCGGUGCUCUACGACACGUGGUUCGCCCUGGCCAUCUUUGGAGCUGUACAGCUCGCAGGCCAUAGAAGACUGCCUCGUGCUCAUCGGUGCUAGCAACAGUAGCAACUUGAAAGAAGAAGAUAUAUAAACACCGAAGAACGCGCAUCAACAGUUUACGUAUUAUAUCUACUUGAAUAAAAAUUUAUUUUUUGAUAGUAAGAUGUAUUCUUUAAUUCAUAAAACAGAAAAUGCCCAUGAGGAUAGUAUAUGGACUUGUGGAUGGGGUUGUCCAAAGAGAAAGAGGGAUAUCCACCCGGAUAAUGAAGAUUCACGGGAUUCUAUACGAUCUAAUGAAAAUGAGAUUGCAGAAUAUCUAGUAACAGCUUCUGUGGACGAUUCUGUGAAAGUAUGGGAGCUAACGGAUGGUGCUUUGAAGUUAAAACAUAAAUUAACUGGAUAUUCCUUGGGAGUCGUAUCUAUAGCUAUUAGUUCGGAUGGAUCAAAAUGUGCCUCAAGUUCGCUCGACUCUAGUCUGAAAUUAUGGGACUUACAUUCCGGUGAUAAGCUAUUGAGCAUUGAAGUUGGCCCAGUAGAUAUUUGGACUUUGGUUUUUUCUCCUGACGAUAAAUUUAUCGUAUCUGGUAGUCAUGCUGGUAAAAUACAUUUAUAUGGGACCGAUAAUGGUAAACAAGAACAGACAUUAGAUACAAGAGGUGGAAAAUUUACAUUAAGUGUUGCUUAUAGUCCAGAUGGCAAAUAUAUUGCAAGUGGUGCGAUAGAUGGUAUUAUUAAUAUCUUUGAUGUUGCUUAUGGAAAAGUUUUACGUACACUGGAAGGUCACGCGAUGCCUAUCAGGUCUUUAUGUUUUUCACCCGACUCUCAGUUGCUUCUUACAGCAUCUGAUGAUGGACAUAUGAAGCUGUAUGAUGUCAAGGAUGCGAAUCUGGCAGGAACAAUGUCGGGUCACGCUUCUUGGGUACUCGGCGUGGCUUUCUCACCAGACGGACAGCAAUUUGCAUCAAGUAGUUCCGAUCAUACAGUCAAGAUCUGGGAAUUAGCACAAAGACAAUGUUUGCAUACAUUUCGUGAACAUAAGGAUCAGAUUUUUAUAAUUUUUAUAAUAGGUAUGGUCAGUAAAGUAUAAUCCACAGCGAAAUAACAUAAUUGCGUCAGUAUCCGAGGAUAAAUCUAUUAAUUUAUACGAAUGUCCUAUAUACGACAAAUAAUUGCACCAAGGAUCA